GCGCGUGCCAUUUCUCAACCCUGGUGGAGAUAAUUAGAUGCUGCGACACAAAGAAAGGAGGAAGCGACACGUGGAGAGAUACCUGGCAGCCAGGCCUCGCAUCUUGCAACCGCGACAGAGGAGAGAGGAACGAGAGAGAGAGUAGCGAGAAGAGAGAGAGAGAGAGUGCAGAGACGGGUUGAUGGCGGUCCUUCUCCUAUCAUCGUCACCAGCAUCUUCUUCUUCUUCUUCUUCUUAUUCUUAGUCUUUUCACAGAGCCUUGUACUCUCUCUUACUUUUUUUCUCUAGUUUUGUCUCUUUUCUUUCUCUCUCUUAAAUUGCUUGUUUUUAGCUCGAUCACUAGCUCAUCGACAGAGAGAGAGAGGGCAUAAGCGAUAAGUGACUGGAAUAUUCCCCGAAUUUCUGUAAUUGUGAAGGCAUUUUGAUGGUUUUGGAUUUUGAAUUGGCUAUUCCCCGAAUUUCUGUAAUUGUGAAGGCAUUUUGAUGGUUUUGAAUUUUGAAUUGGCUUUCAUUGGAAUCGCCAUUUCAGGUACCCCUUUAAUAUCGAGGGUUUGGUUUUCUCGUUUAAUUAAUGAAAUGAUUGAUUUUGGGCUAGAAUUUCGACUGUAAAUUGAGAAUUUGGGGAUCCUGGUUGCAGCUUUACGGGGCUGAAAUGUUUAUUUAAUUUUUAAUUUAUUUGAUAUUGUUUGGGUUUUCAUGAUUGAUUAGAAGGGUAGCAAUGGCUGUUGUUGGGAAGUGUAAAGAUUUAUGGCACUAUUUGUAGAUUUUCAGAUGGAGAAUGAAAUUACUUCGUUUAUCAAUCUCCAAGGAAUUGUUUGUGCUUUGGGGAUUGGGAGCGAAGAACUUGUGGGCUAUAUGAUAUGAGUCAUGCUCAUGUGUAAUAAAGGAAUUGCAUGCCCGAGCGAGUCUUUCCUGCACUCUGAUAAUCCAAUUUACCGGGAACAGCCGUAUCAAAGUCUUUUAGAGAUGGAUAGCCCUUCGUCAGCCCUCGCCUCAGCCCCUAGCUCAAACCCCGGUUCUAAUGAUGAAAAUCCACGCGUUAAAUUUUUGUGUAGUUUCUCUGGUAGCAUAAUGCCUCGACCCCAGGAUGGAAAGCUUAGGUAUGUCGGUGGAGAGACGCGGAUUGUGAGCUUGCCUCGGGAUGUUAGCUAUGAAGAGUUGAUGGUGAGGAUGAGGGAGCUUUACGACGGAGCAACGCUGUUGAAGUAUCAGCAGCCUGAUGAGGAUCUUGAUGCUUUGGUGUCAGUUGUGAACGAUGAUGACGUGACCAACAUGAUGGAGGAGUAUGAUAAAUUGGGCUCAGGAGAUGGAUUCACUAGGCUUAGGAUUUUCUUAUUUUCACAUCCCGACCAAGAUGCUUCUUCACACUUUAUUGAUGCGGAUGAAAGGGAUUCAGAAAGGAGGUAUGUCGAUGCUUUGAACAGCCUUAACGAUGUAUCUGAUUUUAGGAAGCAGCAGCAGACUGAGUCCUCCAUAAUGAGUUCAGUAGAUGAAGUCCAUAUGGCAGAACAGUUCUUUAAUCAGGUAAGUCUUGAGGGUAGCAUCCACAAUCAGAGGAAUUGUGAGAUGCCCAUCCUACAGUACAACCUGCGUCACCUAACAAUUCCUCAUAUGGGAUCUGGACAGCACCAACAGUCUGUUUCGCAGAGGUAUAAUGAAAUGGAGGCACCAUGGAGUCCUGCAUACUAUUCCCCUAGGCAUCAAGGUCACCAUGAUCCACGACCAUUGCCUGAGUUUCCAUCUUCACCUUCUUCUGCUCGAUUCCGUAUGCCAUUUGGGGAGCUGUCAGAUAAAAUGCCAGAAGAAUAUACGCGGCAGCAAGUGAAUCAGCAGUCCCAAUAUGACCACCCACCUCAAUUUUCAGAGAAUGUAGUAUGGUUGCCAUCUGGACCUGUAUCUGGUGAUAAGGCAGGUUUUCCAGGUAAUAUACUUCAUGGGCCUCAUGGCUCCAAUGUCUUUGAUGGGAAUAGUAUCUGCGAGCACUGCCGGAUGACUUUCCAAAGAAAUCAAGGUUAUCCUGAUUCCCACUGGAAGCAUGGGGGAGAACACAUACCUCUGGAGCAAUCUAACAUGGGAAAUGUUCACCAGGCAACCAAUUCUUGUGCUGAAUGCCCCUCAAAUAGGGAAUCUUUCCUGAAUACAGAUCCAAAAUUGCACCAUGGUAUUUACUCAAAAGAACAAAAUGAUCCUCGAUCGGUAUAUAAUGAAACUCACAGUCAUGAAAGAGGAUGGGUUCUACAGCAGUUGAAUCCUCGGGCUGAGGAAGCAAGGGCACAUAUAUCUGGAGCUGGGAGAUUGGCUGAUCACUAUGUUGUGGAUGGUCCUGGCAUGACAUUCCCACUUGGGCAUGGAAAUUUAUCUGAUGGCCAUCAUGUAUCCUCAAAUUAUGUCCAUCAUGAAGAUCCACGAUACAUCCGAGCUGGACCUGAACCAGGGAGUGAAGUGUUUCGUGACCCAGUUGUGGCUUCCGGAUCACACAUUUCCAUUCCUCAUGAAGAACAUGGGGUUCGAUAUGGAAAUAUGCCUUAUGCUUAUGGGACAGAUAAUAUAUUGCAAGUAUCACAUGGACAUGUACCUGCACAUGCUCUCUGGAGAAAUGUUCAGAAUCCAAUGCAUGGUGCUCCUUAUGAAGCAUCAAAUUCAUCCCAGCAAGCAAAUGGUACAGUUAAUUCAGGAUUGCUUAGGGGUACAGUGGAGGGUAGUCCAAGGUUCUGUAUAGGGGUAGAUAAUCAAAAUCCUUGGGUUGAGUCAUCGCCCAAAAUAGUAGGCUUUGAUGGGUCUGCUGUUCCAGAGUACUCUUACGGUCAUGCUUUGAAAUUGAACCCUGGCACUCUUGGCCAAGGAAACAAACACCCAUUUGGUCCAGACCCCAUUCAGUCCCAAACCGACUUGAUAAACCUUGUUCCUAGUGCAGAACCUAUCCAGCGUCCAAAUCUAUCUUCAACCCAAAUAGAUGAUAAACUAGUUUCUUCAACCGUUUCUGGUUACAAUCUGGAGUCCAAAACUGAUGUCAACAUUACUGAAGCAGUGAAGAGAGGUGAUAAGACUAUUUUUGCCGAAGCAAAAGGAACAAAGCAUGUAGAAACUUUUGGAGGAACCCAUAUGCCAAACAGCUCCUGUCUAAGGAGAGACGAGAUGUCAGAUAACAAAUCUGGGGUAGAAUCUCUAGACCCUGUAAAUUCUAACUGCUUGAGACUUCCAGAAGGGCGUCGUGAUGUUAUGAAACUGGAUGAAUGUGAUCAUUCUGCUUCUGUAGAAAAUUCUAAACUGUCAGAUAACCAUUUGAGUGUUAUACCUGAAUUGAUAGCUUCAGUCAAGAGGGCAGCAUUAGAAGGUGUUGAGGAGGGGGGUGCUCAAGUUCAAGAAAAUCCCGAUGCUGUUCCCCUGGAAGUGUCAGCCACCAAAGAAGUUGCUGCCUUAGAUGAAAUAGAAACUUCUAAUACCAAUGGGGAGUCAGAGUUGGAUUCUGAAAAUGAUAAUCUAGACACUUCCAAGAUUGAGCCAACAAAGGCUGAGGAAGAAGCUAUUGCUAAGGGAUUACAGACAAUAAAAAAUGAUGAUCUAGAGGAGAUUCGAGAAUUAGGUUCUGGUACGUAUGGGGCAGUCUACCAUGGAAAGUGGAAGGGCUCUGAUGUAGCAAUAAAGAGAAUCAAAGCUAGCUGCUUUGCUGGGAGACCUUCCGAAAGAGAACGUUUGAUUGCAGAUUUCUGGAAGGAGGCUCUGAUUUUGAGUUCACUUCAUCAUCCAAAUGUUGUUUCUUUCUAUGGUAUAGUUCGUGAUGGACCUGAUGGAUCUUUAGCAACUGUUACAGAAUUCAUGGUUAAUGGAUCUCUAAAACAGUUUUUGCAGAAAAAAGACAGAACGAUCGAUCGUCGUAAGAGACUCAUCAUAGCUAUGGAUGCUGCAUUUGGAAUGGAGUAUUUACAUGGGAAAAACAUUGUACAUUUUGACCUGAAAUGUGAAAAUUUGUUAGUAAAUAUGAGAGAUCCGCAUCGACCAGUGUGUAAGAUUGGUGAUCUGGGCUUGUCAAAGGUGAAACAGCACACUUUAGUCUCAGGAGGUGUUCGGGGAACUUUACCCUGGAUGGCACCUGAGCUGCUUAGUGGGAAAAGUAACAUGGUGACAGAAAAGAUCGAUGUUUACUCAUUUGGAAUUGUUAUGUGGGAAUUGCUCACAGGGGAGGAACCUUAUGCUGAUAUGCACUGUGCUUCCAUAAUUGGGGGAAUUGUGAAUAACACAUUACGUCCACAAAUCCCAUCUUGGUGCGACCCAGAAUGGAAGUCCUUAAUGGAGAGUUCUUGGGCUUCUGAGCCAGCUGAGAGGCCAUCAUUCUCAGCAAUCUCUCAGAAGUUGAGAAGUAUGGCUGCAGCAAUGAAUGUGAGAUGAUGUUACUAUCGAUGCAGUCCUGCCCUCUUAUGUUAACCUGAAUAUUGGUGCUGAAGGAAAAAUAAAAGGAACCAUGAUUUUGCCGACUUGUUCCCAAGUAUGCACAGGCAAAUGAUGCAAUAUUAUGUUCUUGUUCAUCUUCUAAUAGUACUGCCAUGAAUGGCAUUGUUCUUUAUGGAGUGCAAUUAUACAUGCCCAAAACUGGAUUUUACUGAGGGAGACUACAUAGUAUACAUGAGAGCAGUUAUUGCACGAAGAGAAUGUGAGUUUCUCUAUUUUUUCCCCUCCCAUAAAUAUUUAUUUUAGAAUUAUUUCUUGUAUUGAAUUUUGUUUUUGGUUUCUUGUAAACGUAAAGUGUCUUUUCGCAGGAUUUUGUUUUUUGGAGUGUGAUUACCAAACCAGGGGCUCCUUCUGACUUCUAUGAUCUUCAUGGCUUGAAGUGGAAUGAAGCUGCUAGGGAUGGAUGUGUACAUAAUUAGUGGCAAUAGAAUGUUCUAAGCUUUAUCUUGAGAGGUUAAUGAUGCAAUAUGCUUGAGAAAUUUGGAUGAAACUUGAAACUUGAACUAGCCAUUUUUUAUAAUUAAUUUGCUUCAUUCCUCACAAUUUUACAGUUGGAAAUUUACAUGUUGGUAACAUGCACAAGCUCAUAGUGAUGUACAAGGGCUGGUGGUUAUUUUUUAAGAACGUUGCUUAGAUUUCCUAUUGGGGGCUGCAGCAUAAUAUUGCUGUGAAGUUUGUGGGUGUGGCGAUUUUAUUUCACUGUUUUGUCAUAAUUUUGUAAUGCGACCAAGAAAAAGAGCCAAAUAUUGUUGUCGUUUUGUUGGACAUUCUACCAUGUUAUAUUCAUUGGGAAAUGAAUGCUGCAAUUUGGUCCCAGGUGGGAAAUUUUU